AUGAGGCAAGCGGCGAAGCUCAGUUCAGCUGAAUCUGUUGCCAAUCUUGUCCUUGAGGAUACCUCCCAUCCCUCUCUUUUCACCUUCGCCGAGAUCCUCGCCAUCCCCAACCUCUCGAAGAUACCCUUGCUGGCCACCGCCUUCUCUGUUCCUUUCUUGUUCGCUAAUCUUAGCCUUCAUACUGCUUCUAUUCCCUACUUCAGCUUCUGGCAUCGCAGUAUUCGUGGUAAUGCUUAUAGCCUUCCAGUUAUGUUGCCUGAUCAAGUUCGUAAGCUGAAGCAGCUUAGUGUAUUAGCACUCAUUGAAAAUGAAAAGAACUACUGA